AAUUGUUUUCGUCCACAUUUCGAAAAAUUGACUGAGAAACAUGUUGGACCAGUGGACAAAUUUUGCGAAUUCCUGAAAUCAUUACAAAUUUUAACAAGAGAACCUCGAGCCGGCUAAAAGCCAUGUCCUCCGUCAACUAUUUACCAUUCAUCGAAUUAAAGACGGGGCAAGUCGCAGACGCUUAGCAUGUGAACGAACGUAGGUUAUGUUUGUUGAUAGUAACUGGGUGAUGCUGAAAUAACGAUCGAGAAGCCAAGUGUUUUGUAUCGGAAACCUAGGAAACCUAGGAAACCCGAAGAAGCGUCAAACAUGUUCAAGAACACAUUUCAAAGUGGAUUUCUAUCUAUUUUGUACAGUAUUGGUAGUAAACCGUUACAAAUAUGGGACAAGAAGGUACGAAACGGUCAUAUAAAAAGAAUCACUGAUAAUGAUAUCCAAAGUUUGGUGCUCGAAAUACUUGGUAGUAAUGUCAGCACCACUUACAUUACUUGCCCUGCCGAUCCGAGAAAGACAUUAGGCAUAAAACUGCCUUUUUUAGUGAUGAUCAUCAAAAACUUAAAGAAAUAUUUUACUUUUGAAGUUCAGGUGAUCGAUGAUAAAAAUGUACGACGGCGUUUUCGGGCUAGUAAUUAUCAAUCGACAACAAGAGUCAAGCCAUUCAUUUGUACAAUGCCAAUGAGGUUAGACGAUGGAUGGAAUCAGAUUCAAUUUAAUUUAGCGGAUUUCACGCGUCGUGCUUAUGGGACAAAUUAUGUGGAAACACUAAGAGUCCAAAUUCAUGCGAAUUGUAGAAUACGCAGAGUCUAUUUUUCUGAUAGACUAUACUCGGAAGAUGAAUUACCAGCAGAGUUUAAAUUAUUCCUACCCAUUCAAAACAAAGCAAAAUGUUGAAGACUCGUAAGAAUAUCAUUCUAAUACCAUGCACUCCUAAAAAUGAACUUCUUUAUUAAGUUAUAAUUCAUCACUAAUAGCACAAGGUAUAUAUUAAUUUAAUUCGGUAAUAAAGUUUUAACCUAAUGGUCA